GCCAGACCCCGCGGAGAAUCUUACCGGAGAGCAGCGUAGCGUUGGAAGAGCACUCCCCAGCCGGAACCAUAGGGAUCUUCGUCUCAGCGCCAUCGCCUAGUAGUAGUAGCAAACCCCAGGGAGCCGCAGCCAUGCCUUUCUCCAGCACGCACAACGCCAUGAAGAUGAAGUACCCGUCGGACGCCGAGUUCCCGGACCUCAGCCAGCACAACAACCACAUGGCCAAGGUGCUCACGCCGGCCAUGUACGAGCGGCUGCGCGGCAAGCAGACCCCGAGCGGCUUCACGCUGGACGACGUCAUCCAGACCGGGGUGGAUAACCCAGGUCACCCGUUCAUCAUGACGGUGGGGUGUGUGGCGGGAGACGAGGAGACCUACGAGGUGUUCAAGGAGCUGCUGGACCCCGUCAUCUCCGACCGCCACGGAGGAUACAAGCCCUCCGACAAACACAAGACCGACCUCAACCCAGCCAACCUCAAGGGAGGGGAUGAUCUGGACUCCAACUACGUGCUGAGCUCUCGCGUCAGGACCGGCCGCAGCGUCCGUGGAUUCUGCCUCCCCCCUCACUGCAGCCGCGGGGAGCGCCGGGCCGUGGAGACCCUCUCCGUCGAGGCUCUGGCUGCCCUUGAGGGCGAUCUGAAGGGCAAGUAUUACGCUCUGAAGAACAUGACGGACGCAGAGCAGCAGCAGCUCAUCGAUGACCACUUCCUGUUUGACAAGCCCGUGUCCCCACUGCUCCUGGCCGCAGGAAUGGCCCGUGACUGGCCCGACGGCAGGGGCAUCUGGCACAAUGACAACAAGACCUUCCUGGUGUGGGUGAAUGAGGAGGACCACCUGCGUGUCAUCUCCAUGCAGAAGGGAGGAAACAUGAAGGAAGUGUUCAACCGCUUCUGCACCGGCCUCACCAAGAUCGAGACUCUGUUCAAGAACAAGAGCCACCCGUUCAUGUGGAACGAGCACCUGGGCUACGUGCUCACCUGCCCGUCCAACCUGGGCACCGGCCUCCGCGCGGGCGUGCACGUCAAGCUGCCCCACGUCAGCAAGCACGCCAAGUUCGAGGACGUCCUCAAGAAGCUCCGGCUGCAGAAGCGCGGAACAGGUGGCGUGGACACGGCGGCGGUGGGCGGCACGUUCGACAUCUCCAACGCGGACCGUCUGGGCUUCUCUGAGGUGGAGCUGGUGCAGAUGGUGGUGGACGGAGUCAAGCUGCUGGUGGAGAUGGAGAAGAGGCUGGAGAAGGGCGGCUCCAUCGACGACCUCAUGCCCGCACAGAAGUGAACACACACACGCACACACACGGGCACGCACACACACACGCACACACACACACACACACACAUAAGGCUCAUGAGAGCUGUUGGUAGUUUCUGAAGUUAUGAAGUUGGAUUUCAACAUCUGAGAAUAAAAUAUUGACCCACCUAA